AUGGCCGUCAAAGCCCUCAUCGCCUUCCUCUGCCUCUGUCUUGCAUGCGCUGGUGCUACAGCCCAAGACCCCCUCGCAACCGCCACACCCACGCCCACUCCAUCGCCAAUCCCAACUCCCCUCCCAGCACCCCCAACAAAAUACGGCAUGCUCCUCUUCCCAACCUUCGAAAUCCUCGACGUCUUCGGGCCCCUCGAAGUCCUCUCCUGGGUAGCCCGGCGUCACGAAAACCUGCAACUCUACCUCCUCUCCACAACGCUCGACCCCGUCUCCACAAAACCCCAAAGCGCGGCAAUGAACCCCUUCAACUCCUCCUUCUUCCCAACAAUAAACCCCACACAUACAUUCGCCGAUAAUCCAGAACUGGACGUCCUCAUCGUCCCCGGCGGUCUGGGGACCCGGGCCCCGAAUAUGGAUGCGGAACUCAACUACAUCAAAAACACAUACCCGAAUCUCCGCUACCUGAUAACCGUCUGCACGGGCUCAACGCUUGUCGCCAAAACGGGCAUCCUGGAUGGGCGGCGCGCGACGACGAACAAAGCGUCUUGGGACAGUGUCAUACGUAACGGGCCGAAUACGACGUGGGUCCGGGAGGCGCGGUGGGUUGUUGACGGGAAUAUUUGGUCAUCUUCGGGGAUUUCGGCGGGGAUUGAUGCCACGCUGGCGUUUGUGGAGAUGUGGUAUGGGAAGGAGAAUGCGACGACUAUCGCUGAGUUCAUGGAGUAUGAGUGGCAUGAUGACAGUAGUCGGGAUCCGUUUGCGGAUGUUUGGGCUGUCUAG